AUGGGCCGCAGGGGCGAUGGAGCGCUGCGAGAGGAUUACAAGAUGGUUGAAGUAGUAUUGAGUUCCCCCAGAGGGUUCUGCGCCGGUGUGGUGCGGGCCAUUGACGUUGUGGAGGAAUGCCUGCAGCGCUUCGGUCCGCCCGUUUACGUCAAGCACCAGAUUGUGCACAACCCCUACGUGGUGGCUGAACUGGAGCAGAAGGGAGCCAUCACGGUAGAGGAGGUUGACGAGGUGCCCGACGGUUCACUGGUGGUAUUCUCGGCGCACGGGUCACCGCCGGAGGACUUUGAGAAAGCGGCCGAGCGCAAUCUCAGGGUCAUCGACGCGGUAUGCCCGCUGGUGACCCGGGUCCAUAACGAGGCGAAGAAGUACCAUCGAGAAGGCAAGAAGGUGCUGCUGGUGGGACAUCAUGGUCACCAGGAAGUCCGCGGAACCAUGGGCCAGGCUCCGAUGACGCUGAUUAACGAUUCCGCGCCGCUGUCGGAGCAGGACGUCAGCGCGGACAUGGACUGGCCAGCGGACUCCGAAAUAGCCGUCAUAACUCAGACAACCCUUUCGGUGGGCGAUACCGCCACUGCCAUCGGCGCGAUUCAGGAACGAUUUCCCGGGGCGGUGGUGAGGAACGACAUCUGCUACGCGACGACCAAUCGCCAGGAUGCGGUCACGCAGAUGGCGGGGCUCGUGGACGUGGUGCUGGUGAUCGGCGCGCAGAACUCGUCGAACUGCAACCGGUUGCGGGAGGUCGCCGAAGCCAACGGUACUCCGGCCUACCUGAUCAACGGCCCGGACGAAAUCAAUCCGGACUGGUUGGUGGGCUGCCAACGGGCGGGCAUAACUUCCGGCGCGUCAACGCCGGAGGUGCUGGUGGAAGCGGUGAUAGACGCGCUGGACCCGGAGAAAGUAACCUUCCUGGAGGGCGCCGAAGAGGACAUAACAUUCACGUUGCCUCGGGAGUUGCGCUGA